CUGCUACACUCAUACAGGAAGAAUAAGCAGAGCAGUCAGUCCGCUAGCUCGGCACUCUCCCAUAGACAAUUGACGGUGAUUAAAUACCUAAUCAGUGCUGCUUGUCCAAGUUAGCAGGAAUGGCAGAGUUGGCAAGUCUGGUGCAGCGGCUGGAGGUGGCUGUYGGUCGUCUGGAGGCCGUGUCGGGUGAUGGAGGUGGCGCUGCUGUCGGCUCUGGGGUUGUGGCAGCGUACGUGGAGGCCUAUGAUGGCAUCAUCACCGGAUCUGUUGGCCAGUACAUGGCCCUCAGCCAGCAGAUAGGGGGCGACGUCCAGAAGCAUGCGGACAUGAUGAAGCAGGCGUUCUCCUGUCAGAGACAGCUCCUGGUUACCUCCUCCUGCUCCCAGAAACCCUCUGAUGCAUCCUUGACUGCUCUCCUGGCCCCCGUCUCCAAAGUGAUCCAGCAGGUGCAGACGUUCCGCGAGCAGAACCGCUCCUCGCCCCUCUUCAACCACCUCUCGGCCGUCAGCGAGAGCGUGCCUGCCCUCGGCUGGGUCGCCAUGGCUCCUAAGCCAGGUCCCUAUGUGAAGGAGAUGCAGGAUGCUGCCCAGUUCUACACCAACCGGGUUCUCAAGGACUACAAGGAGAAGGAUCAGAAGCAUGUGGACUGGGUGAAGGCCUACCUGUCUAUCUGGACUGAGCUGCAGAACUACAUCAAACAGAACCAUACCACCGGACUGGCCUGGAGCAAGAGUGGUCCAGUGGCCUCGGCCUCUGCAGCUCCUCCUCCCCGCGCCGGUCCUCCUCCCCCCGGACCUCCUCCCCCUCCCAUGGACUUCAGCGGGUCGUCUGGCGGUAGCGGAGACCAGGAACCAGACACCCGUAACGCCCUCUUCGCUUCCCUCAACAAGGGAACUGACGUCACCAAGGGCCUGAAGCACGUGCCCAAAGACCAGAUGACUCACAAGAACCCCAACCUGAGGACUCAGACCGGCCCGGUGCGCACAGGGCCCAAGCCCUUCACUACCGCCAAGCCGGCUGUCACCGCCGCCGCCUCUCGCAAGCUGCCCCCCGUUUUGGAGCUUGACGGCAAAAAGUGGAAAGUGGAGAACCAAGAGGGUGCCCAGGGCCUGGUGAUCAGCGACACAGAGCUCAAGCAGGUGGUCUACGCCUUCAAGUGUAACAACAGCACCCUGCAGAUCAAGGGCAAGAUCAACUCCAUCACUUUAGACAACUGUAAGAAACUGGGCCUGGUCUUUGACGAUGUUGUGGGCAUUAUCGAGGUUAUCAACUGCAGGGACGUCAAGGUCCAGGUCUUGGGCAAGGUGCCCACCAUCUCCAUCAACAAGACUGACGGUUGCCACGUGUACCUGAGCAAAGAUUCGCUGGAGUGUGAGAUCGUCAGCGCCAAGAGCUCAGAGAUGAACGUGCUGGUACCUGGUAAAGACGGAGAAUAUACUGAGAUCCCUGUUCCUGAGCAGUUCAAGACUSUCUGGGAUGGCAAGAAGCUAGUCACCACUUGUACAGAGAUUGCUGGAUAGAGGGGCAGCCAGCACUCGUAACAGCCUCCCCUUUGCAAAUGCCUACCUGACUGAUCGACCAUCUAACCAAACCACAAAGUAGACUGAGAUGCCAACCUAGCCCAAUUGUUUUUUUUUCUAUCCGCCAAUCACAGCUUUAGCUGUUUCUUCCUUCAGCCAAUGAGAGGACUGCUUGCUUUAUCUGGAGCGUUCCUUCAGCCAAUUGCAGGGAGCAGCUUGUUAUUCGAUUUGGUUAUCCUCAUGGCCAGUGAGCGCAUUCAAAUGAGUUUGCCAACAACCAGGAUCAUUUCUGAUUUGAUCUGUACAUUCCAGCAAAUGAUAAAAGCCUUGCUCCCGCUAUUAUGUUUAUUUCACACCUUCUCUGUGGUUUUAACUCCUAUGCCAAUCAGGCUAUGCUUCCUGUUUCCUUCAACCAAUCAUUUAAUAGGGUUUCCGUUUCCCCUCUGGUCAGGGGGGGGCAGGUGUUUAGGGGUCGAAGGUUUGUUUCAUUUAUGCAAUUCAUCCGUGAAGCACAUGUACAACCAGCCCCUCUUUACAGACGACAAUGCUAUCAUUUCCAACUUUGACGACGUUAUUAACAUUUCAUAGGGAUUGAUUAACUAUGACACAUGUCAUCGCUCUUAAAUCGGUGAAAUGAAGAGUUGCGUGCAGGAUCACUGUCUUUAAAAAUAAAAUAAAAAAAUACAAUCAAAAUGCUGAAAAAAAAUAUUGAAAAAUAAAAGUUUAGUUCCCAAGACAUUCCCUUUAGCAUUUUAAAUGAACAUUCCAUAUUAUUGAGACAUAUGGAGGUGAACGGCGGCAAAGAAAGAGGGAGAAUGAUGGAAGUAUGUGGUGAGUGUGACUUCACUUCAGCACAAGCUGGAAGUGAGUGGUUCUAGAGAUAGACAAACAUACUCUUGGAGAAUCAUUUUUGGCUAAGUUUGGGGUUACCUCCCUUAAGCUCUGAAUGACUGUUGUAAUGAUCUGUAUAGACAUUUCUUUUUAAUGCUAGAGUUGUCUUAACUCCACUGUCGCCAUCACCUACACAUCAACCCACCCAGCCACUCUUGUCUACAACAUCUGUGGUUAUCCUGUUGUAGCGGUCAUGCUCUGUGGCGUUUCGUUCGCCUCUUUAUUUUGGUCAAAUUCAACAUUUUGCUCAUCAGUACUGGAGGAAGACAAAUGUUGCAAUAAAAUAAUAAAUCAGU